UUUACAAUAAUUCUUUUCUAUUUUUAAAGAAACCACCAAUGACCAAACGCUAAAUUUAUCUGCUUUUUAGAAAUUAGAAGAUAUGGGUUGAAAAAUUCUUAAUUGAGAGUUAUAACGUCGAAGCUAGUCGCCUUAAACACCGGUAAAUUAGCACUUCAUAUAAGUAAUUCAAUGGGAGCCUAUUGUCUCGUAUCAAUGAACUCCUUGGAAAAAAGAAUCUCACCGCCUCUUUCCUGCCCGACAGUUCCUUCUUCUGUUCUCGGGCUCUUUCCUUGGAAUUACUCAGAUGAUGUGGCGUUAUGAAUCACCGAACCUUCAUGGGAUUACCUUCAAGCAUUUUUUAUGGCUGUUUUGGAUUAUUCAUUUUCUUCUGGUUCUUUUUAAAUUUCUCAGAGGUAUUUUUGUUGGUCUGUCGAACAUAAUGUUCUGGUUCUUUAGAAUUUUAUUGACAGUUAGUUUGUGAAUUUUAUGAGAGUAUUUGCGUUGGUUUGAGACAUAUAAAUGGCUUACUUGUUUGUGUUUCCUGCGCUUGAGGUUAUAUCGGGAGCUUUGGUUUAACUUAUUGAAGGAUGGACUGGGUUUUUAGCGACUGCUCAUAUACUGUUAUAGGGGUUUUAGUUUUCUUUCAGUAAGAUACUCAGGAAGUUUAGAGUUGACAAUUUUUUCACGGGUAAGUAAAACACUAACCCAAUAGGUCUUGAACCCACUAUCUUGCUCAAGGCCCGUUUCCCAUGCUUUUAGGGGGAGGCGCCAUUUUAUCUAAAGGUUAUUUUCUUAAUAUUCUAUUUGUCUACUGUUAUUUCGUCUCAAAAAUUGUUCUAACUUAAAUUUAUCUGUAUUUUUGGUAGUUGUUUUUCCAGGUUUAAAGAACGGUAGAAUAACUGGAAGGUUGAAAUGGAAACCGAUGCUGUUUGUGAAGCAACUGCAUCUGUUGAUGGUUUUGAGACUAGUGAUCUAGAGGCAGAGUCAAUUAGGGUUGACUUACUUGAAGGGAUCACUUCUAAUGGAGAGAUCAUCGGAGAAUUAGGAAAUGCUGGCGAGGUUCUAACAAGAGUGGAAUUGAUGUUAGCAUGCUAUUCUGAAAAGUUGGUUAACCUAAGUGUUCUUGUGAUGCAUGUGGCAACCAGGGAAAGUGACUUUGAAGUCUUUGCUUCACUUGAAGAACAUAUGUCGGGUGAUUCUAUUGGAAAGGCUUUGGAAUUUGAUCUCUUAUCUGGAAUUUUAGACUCAGAGGCGAGAGAACUGGACAAAUUCACAGCUACUCUUCAAGCAGAUGUUAUCACCGCCUGUGAGAUUGUAUCCUCAUUCAAGCACUUGGGUGAAACUUUCAUGGAAAUGGAAGGAAAGUUGCAUGAUGCUGAACAAUCUUUGAAGCAAUCCCAAGAUCAGGUCUCUGAAAUUAGGACGCAAUCUGCCAAGUUCCAGAGGAUCUUGUCAUGUUCUAUUCGGGAUGGCAAUUGUAUUGGUGAUAAAGGUGGGGACUGUCAAGAGGAUGAUGAAUUGUUGAAUACGAAUGCAAAGAUAAAAAUGCAAACUGCUGACCAACAAAGACAUAUCCUGAGGAUGCUUGAAAAAUCUUUGGCUAGAGAGAUUGAUCUUGAGAAGAAGUUGACUGACUCAAGACAAAUUGAAGAAGAACUGAAAAUGAGGCUAAAUUCUUCAGAACAAGAAGUAUUUUACCUAGAGGAAGAAGCAGCAGAUGUUUGGAAGAGAUGUUUUCAGACAGAUAAUGCAUCAGAGGUCCUUAUGGGAGUUUCAAAAGAACUGUUGGGUCGACUCCAGAUUUGUCAGUUCAGUUUGAAUGGUGCAUUUAAGCGAGAAGCUGAGCUAAAAUCAAAGCUUGAACACUCUACUGAGCAGUUGAAAGCCAAAGAAACUGAUUUUCACGAGCUCAAGACCAGUAGUGGAGACCUCAAUGACUUUCUCUUAGCACAGACAAAUAGCUUAAAGGUCUGCUUGAAGGAAGCUGAAGAUAAAUUAAUUCUUUCCAAUUCUGAGGCAUCCACUUUGAGAGAGGCUUUGAGUUCACUUGAGAAUCAGCUUAAAGAGUCAAAGUUUGGGCUGCUGAAUGCAAAGGUCUCUGCAGAUGAAAGUCAGGUGCAGCAUAACGUUUUGACUUCUAAAAUCGGUGAAACGGAAAAUGUUAGCAUGGAUCUGAAAGAAAAUAUAUCUAAAGCAGAAAAUAGGGCUGAAAGUGCCGAAGCCAAGUGCAAAUUAUUAGAGGAGACCAAUGUGGAUCUUAAUGAUCAACUGCGUCUUCUGAAAGGCAGUGGUAGUAUCUCUGAGAAGGUGAAUUUACUCGAGAGACAGUUAAGAGAAUCUGAUAUUCAGCUACAGUAUGCAGUAGCAUCUGCUGAAGCUAGUCAGGAGAAGCAAAUCAUGUUGUAUUCAGCAAUUGGAGACAUGGAGAAUUUGAUAAAGGACCUGAAGUUGAAGGUUUCAAAAGCUGAAAUUCGGGCCGAUUCUGCUGAGGAGAAGUGUAUCCUAUUAUCUGAAUCUAAUGCGGAGCUAAAUGAGGAACUGAGCUUUUUGAGAGGCAGACUGGAAAGCUUGGAGGCAUCUUUGCAUCAAGCUCAGGAAAUGAAAAUGGCAACUGCAAAGGACAUAGGUAUCCGAACCAAAGUUAUUACAGAUUUGGUCAUGCAACUGGCAAUUGAAAGAGAGCGCCUUCAUAAGCAGCUAACUACAUUGGCAAUGGAGAACCAAAUCUUGCUGGUAAAGUUACAGCAUAUGAACAGGGAUCCAUCUGUAACUAUUGGCCAUGACACUGGAGAAAACAUUAAAGAAUUCUCAUUUCCCGAGCAUGAUUUGGCUGCUGUUACUAGUGCAAGAGGAAGUACUAAAGAAAUAUCUGAGUUGCCGCCCACUGGUUCUGAGUGUGACAAGAAUUUGAAAAAUGCAUCUAUUGCUAAGACUAAAGUGAGGUCGGCAGAUAUUACAUCGGAGACAGUGAGGAGAAUAGAUGCAGGACUCCUGAACUUUAAGCAUGUUUCUAUUGCAAUGCUCAUCUUACUAAUUUCAGUCGUAGCUUAUUUAUUUCAACAACAAAAUUGCCCGUUUUGAUGUUCAUGUAAGAGUUUUUCUUGGCCAAUCUUCCAGAGAUUUUCGUCAGAGCUUCUCUCAUUUGUAACUGAAUGUACACAAUCUCUCUCCUUAAGUACUUCUGUUGUAAACCAGUGAUGUAGAGCUUUGCAGACGGAUAAAGAUAGUUUAUAUGUUCUGAAA